CUGGCGUACCUACUGUUGCAUUUGAGCUAACCCCCAGGAUGAUGGAUGCGACGACGCCGACCAAGCUGGUCGACGCAAGCAGCAGCAGGACGGCUAAUGGCGCCAACGACAGCCUCAUGGGCUCCUUCAACAGCGGCCAGUGGUCGGCGCUGCUGGCCUCGGUCGUCGUGACCGAAGACCGCGUCCGCGCCGGCGACCUCAAGGACGAGCAUGCCAAGAAGAAGCUGCCAUCGGUCAUCUACGAGACGCCGACGCGUGGCAUCAGCAACGCCCGGCGCGAAAUCUCGCACGCGUCGCUCGGGCGUCUCGUGGCCAAGCUCACGGAUGCACAUCAUUACGACACGGAGUUCCGCGACGGCUUUCUCCUCACGUACCGGUGCCACUCGACCGCAUAUGAGUUUGUCAAGAAGCUCAUCAAGCGCUACAAGGCCGCGAUGAAGCUCAUGAACCCGUCGUCGAUCGAGUGCGACCCAACCAACGCCGAAGAAGAACGGUUCUCGAUUCCGUCGAGCGAGGCCAUUGACGUCAACACGCAGGCCGAAGCCAACAUCUCGAUCAUGCGCGCCAUGAGCGUGCUCAAAUUUUGGAUCCGCGAGUCGGGCUACAUUGAGGCCGACCUCACCGACGACCGCAAGGCGCAGAAAAAAUUGUUUUUGUUUCUCGAAGAGAUACGAAAGACGUCGCCGAUUCCAUCGAUCGUCCGCCACGCCGAGACGAUGCUUCACGUCGUUGGCAAGAUUUUGAAAGCGUCAACCUUGUUGCGACAGCAGCUCAAGCACCACGAGACGUCGCAGGUCGGAUCUCGGCCCUACGACAUGCCGUCCCCCUUGGACCUCGGCAACGAAGACGACAGCGUGCCCGUCGCCGUUGACGCGCUCUCGCGGUCGGCCCCGGCGCCCGCCUCGACCUCGGGCGCGCCAAAGCUCACGCGCAGCUCGUCCGACUCGACGAAAGAGCCUUCGACCAAGGUGCCCACCCUGGCACGAGGCAUGACGACCGGCAGCUCGCAGUAUGGCGUGGACGCGGCCUUGCUGCUCUCGAGCGUCAGCAGCCACAGCAGUUCGUUUGGGCCCCUCACGCGGUCGCAGUCGGAUAGCACAAAAGAGAAGGGCAAGUAUGUAAGCGUCUCGCGGUCCGAGCCGCUGAGUGGCAUAUCGGCGCAAGAAGCCGCAGAGCAGCUCACGCUCCUCGAGGAAUACCGGUACCUCAAGAUCCAGCCGCGCGAGCUCACAAAUAAGAACUGGACGAGCGCCAACAAGCACAUGGACGCGCCCAAUGUCCUGGCGUUGAUCGAGCUCUUUGAUGCGCGCGCCGGGUGGGUCUCGAGCGAGAUUUUGCAUCCCAAGCUCCAAGCCAAGCAGCGCGCCAAGAUGAUUGCGUACUUUAUCGAUGUCGCUGAGGCGUGCCACCACCUGCACAACUUCAACACGCUCUUUGAAGUCGUGACAGGUCUUAAAGCCCCGUGCAUCCAGCAGCUCAAGACGACGUGGGACCUCCUCACUCAAGCGCAAAACGACCGGUUCGAAUGCCUCAAGAACAUUUGCGCCCAAGACAACAACUAUGCCACGUACCGCCAGGCGUUUGCGCUGGCCGAAGGACAGCCGCGCCUGCCUGCGUUUUUCCUUGUCACCAAAGACAUUUUCGGCUACGAGGAGUCGAUGCCGACGAUCGAGCACGGACUCGUGUGCUUUCAAAAGUUCCGCAAGAUCCACCGCGCGAUCGUCGAUGCCCUUAGUUGUCAAAACGUGCGGUACACGUCGACGACGACGGUCGGCCGCCGGCGCAAGGCGCUCGUGCCCGAGAAGAACCAGCAAAUGAUGCUACGCCAUCGACUGGAGACCAUUCGCAAGCCCAGCGCCGAGCUCUUUCGGCUCGCCAAGAACGCCAACCGCCAAGAAAAUGUCCUGUUUGUCAACAGCCUCGCGGACGCUGGCUUUAUGUAACCGACUCAAAAAGUACUACCGUUUUCCAAAAUUUGAAUGUACAACAUUGUCUACUGGA